AUGUCAUUCAGAGCUGGCUACCGUCGACCGGAACCUCCACCCAUACCGUCAGUAUACCAGGUCCAGUUUACGUGGAAAUCUGGACACCAGCCUGAGGCACCUCUGCUGCAAGCUGCCGAGAGAUUGAGACGUAACGAAGGGGCGGGGAGGGAGGGAGGAGGAGGUGAGAAGAAGAGGAAGAAAUCGAGAGACCCACAAGUAAACGGUCAUCCACCUUCGCAUGACAAAGUGGAGCAACUGAAUAGACAGAGUGUAUUUGGGGUGUUUCGCGUACUAAAAGUUGUGGGUAUUGAUGUUGAUGAACGACAGCUAACGAGAGGGGCCAGGGGGUUCUCUAGCUCCCAGUCACCAGGGCCUGUGGUUCGGAGUCCAAGAAAGAGAUCUGAUGUAACUGAUCCUCGACUCAUCACUCCGUCUCCUGUACCGGCCCCCCUGCUCCCCGGACCCCUCAGAACCUGGGGGACCGAAUAUUCCACUCGGUUCAAGUCCCCCCUCGACUUCAAGUACAUCCGUGGGGCCUGGAUAGAGACGCCACACCCAACUCCUACCAACUCCAAAAUUGUUUGUGAGCCAAGUCCUGUACACCCGUUAUCUGGGAGUAGGGCCAAAGGAAAGGCACACGAACCAGAGGUUGAGAAUGAGUCUAGUGAUGAAGAAGAGAGAGAAAGAAAGGGAGAGGGAGAGAGGGGGGCUGAUGAGUGUCCAAUCCUUCCUCGGGAAUCUCUGCUAGCCCAGUUGAACGAGAUCCGCCACAAGGCCGUCGAGUAUCGUCAGAGAUCGGAGGGUUGCCACUUUCUUCCCGCCCACUCAUCGUGGCAUCUCCCAGCAGCAGACAGCGAGAGGGCCACCACUCCAAUUAGAGCCCACCCCUCUGAUUCGUCUAGUUUAUCGUCGCCGAGUGUUGAAGAGCCUAUUGAGGAGAAUGGAAUGAAGCACCCGCGGUAUUCUGUGCCUCGCCCUCUCACAAACGGUCGGCCACAUCUUGUUGAUGUUGAGGAUGAAGAACAGGAAGAGGAAGAGAGAGAGGGAGAAGAAGAUGAGGGAGAAGGGGAGGGGGAAAGCUUCGACAGCAGCGAAUCAGAAGAGGAUGAAGAUUCUAGACCUGCCAGAAGCACACCAAACAUUGUCAAGAGCCCUGAACUAAAAUCUCACAGAGUUUUAGCUACAACAAGUGGAAGUAGAUUCCCAACUCUCUCUUCCUCCGCAACUCCUAAUGGGGAAGUUGAAGGCAGAAUACCCACGCCGAUUCUCCAACAAUCGUCCGAAUACGUGUUACGGCAUCAUUUGGACCGCACCACCCCGUCAUCUGGUGCAGUGCUAACAUCACCAAACCGUCCCGCCUUCGUCAAAACGUCGUCACAGGGUAAACCUGGCACUUUACGUAUGGGUGACAGGGAUGUUGGGAAAGUAUUGCGCAGUAAUGGUGGAGUGUGGGCAGCCCCUGUUUCAACGAGGCCGUCAGGACAUGGGGGAAAGACGGCUGCGUCAGAGGCAAGGAAGAAGGGGCUGCAUCUCUCACAGGUGAGCGCAAAGUUGAAACGAGAUCCCAGCCUCCUGAGCAGUGCCCCUACACGAUCGACAUCACACCCUCACACCCUCCCCAAAUCCUCCCUGGCACUGCACUCACAUGAGCCUCCACCAGCUAUGCCACACGCACCGGGAACACGCCGGGCACAUUACACCCUCCCCACCUCCCCUCCUCACCCUUCUCCGCCCCACUCUACCAUCUCCAGCCUCCUCAGCAGCCUUCGCACGUCUUCCUCCUCGAAUCCGCCAAACCAAAAACUCAACUACACCAACGCAAGUGUCAGACGAAAAUUCCCAGAGAGUUCAACACGACCGACAAACCCUCGGUGCUGUUCGUCUCACACUCGCAGUACAAGUGGGCAAUGUGAUAUCUGCGGGGCUUGGUUGCGCAAGACCCUUCCUCACACAGGUGUUCAGGUAGAGAAUUCGUCGUGGAAUCGCCAACAGCCACGAUCUGCGGUGCCUCUGGGGUCAUUAGGGUCGCACAAAUACAGGGGGCCCGUCACUCAACUCUCGGAAAAACUCGAGACCCGAGGAGUUUCUUCGAGUUCUGCGGGGUCCGGUUCAAUUUCCCCUCAACCAAACGGGGUUCAGUUUUCAAAUUCACCCCAGGGCCCCCCUAGAGUAAGAGCUACAGUUCCACCACAGACUAAUCCGCGACCGCUAAAAGCAGCUGACGAACUUUCAAUCUCGUCUCUGUCUCUGUCGAGCUGUUCGGUUGCCUCAGAUCUGCUCAGGAAGGCUCGCGAAAGAAGAGAGAAAUUCUGGACUCAACCACCUCCCAAUCCUACACAUACAUGA